AUGUCAUCACCAAAAUCAUACGACAAUAGUAGUGGUACUACUAGUCAUAUUAAAAAACAACGCGAACUUACAUCAAUAACAAAUAGUCUAUUGUUAGCUAAAACAUUAGCCAUGGCUUCAACAACUACACCUCCACUUCCACCACCGCCUCCAUCAACAAGUUCCAUAAAAGAAAAUGUUCCCACCAUCGAACCAACAUCUACCGUCGAAACAUCUCCACAACUUCAACAACAACAAAAAGCAGCACUUCGUACAUUACAAUUAGCAGCUGCGCUCAACGACCCAACAUUUAUAAAUUAUUAUCAAACAUUAGUUAAUAAAAAUACAACAAAUCAUAAUAACCAUCUAGUUAAUUUGCCUAAUAACAAUACAUCUAUACUUAACUCUAAUUUAAAUCAUCCACCUUCUACUUUAAAUACAAAAAAUCAUAAUAAUUUGGAUUCUUCUUCUUCAUUAGUUAACUUAUCAUUACCUUCUAGUAUACCAACACAAAAAGAAUCAAAACGGUAUGUAUUAUUGGCAGAUAAAAAAUAUUGA